AAUAUCAACACCCCUUCUCCUCUUCUUCACAAGUCUCCGGUGAUGCUCGGAUUUCUCUGCGCGCGCCGCAAGACUUGGAUCGUCAGUUCCCUCUCAGCCUUUACCCACGGCUCGGCGGCGGCUCACAAAACCCGCCUCCUCCUCCAAACCCACAGUCGCCCGAUUCAUCAACAAAUCGCUAACUUCUCUUGCGGGUUUGAGAACCGACGAUACCAUUCGAGCCAGCUCGGCUCGGAUUGCGGCGCCGGUGCGGCAUCUAUAUGGCACGGCUUGCUUCCCUCUUCCGGCAAUAGCAGAUCUCGAAAUCUCUGCAGGCCGGCCAUCCACUACGAACGAGAGGGUUCAUGGAAUGCCGCGUGGGAUGCACGUCCCGCUCGUUGGCUUCACCGCCCCGAUUCCGCUUGGCUACUCUUUGGUGUCCGCAACUGCCUGGCCCCGACCAAUUGGGCUGUGGACUUGGCUCCCGGUGAAAACAAUGACGUUUACAAUUCGAAGACGGACUGUGAUUCGAAAAGCUCGGCUUCUCCUGAGAACAUUAUUGAUAGCUCCGCCGCGGAUUACAGAGUCACAGGGGUUCUAGCUGAUGGCCGAUGCCUAUUCAGGGCCAUAGCCCACGUGGCUUGCUUGAGAAAUGGGGAGGAAGCUCCUGAUGAGAAUCGUCAGAGAGAUCUUGCUGAUGAAUUAAGAGCUCAGGUUGUCGACGAGCUUUUAAAGAGGCGGAAGGAAACAGAGUGGUUCAUUGAAGGUGAUUUUGAUGCGUAUGUGAAGAGACUUCAACAACCUUAUGUUUGGGGUGGUGAACCUGAGUUGCUAAUGGCUUCUCAUGUGUUAAAGACACCGAUAUCAGUCUUCAUGGUAGAUAGAAGCUCGUCUGGUUUGGUUAACAUAGCAAAAUAUGGUGAAGAGUAUCAGAAAGAAGAGGAGAAACCAAUCAAUGUGCUCUUUCACGGAUAUGGUCACUAUGACAUCUUGGAGUCUUUCUCAGAACAGAGUUUGCAGAAACUAAGCAUGUAGAAGUUGGAUAUGGUUUAUAUAAAACACAAUUUCCUUUUAGAUUAAAUAAGUCACAUUGUCGUAGAAGAGCUUGCAUUGGGAGUGAGGGAAGAGUCUCACUGAUGACGAACAUGUCUCAAGUUUGGUAGUGCUACAAUGACCUUGAUUCAAGUAAUGAUAGGUUUAGAGCUAGGCUGAAGGAAAAGGUAGGCUAGUCCGGCAACUGCUGGCUGAUGACGAGGAGUCAACUAGCAAUGCCAGCUUCUUAGGGAUAAUGAUUUGAAUAAAUGUUUAUUCCAGGCCAGCUAUUGGAGUUCAACUGCAUUUACUAAUCUGGCUGGUUCAGUUUUGUAGGUUUAUGAUUUCUGUUUUAAAUUCAUACACACAUUGACUUUAUACUUUA